GUCCAUGAAAGAGAGAGCAAGAGCAGCAUUCUUCGCAAUAAUUUAUAAUAAUAAUUUAACUGGUUCCCGGGCAAACCUCAAAUCCCAUGCGAAAAAGGAAAAGACAGCUGGACUUAGACUAGUUGGGAAAUAUACGGGGUCCUGGAACAGAAAGAGGAACAGGAUAUCGGCUACCUGGAAGGCACACGCACACACGCGCAGUGGCAGGCGCUCUCUUCCCUGUAUAUGCGUGCGCAUGUGUGCGUGCAGGUAGGAAUGCAACCACUUUUCGCAUUCUGCCGCCAAUUUUCAGUUGACGCAGAUCCUUUGAGGAUUGAACAUGGAAAACCAAUAUCAGCGCAUAGUCAGCGCCACUCCACGCGAGGAUUCGCAGGGAAGGAGGAGCAAGCCCUUGUUUCUGAAUGCCUGGUCGCAGACUUCUAGCGUGGAUUUCGAGGUGCUCCGCAGCAUCUCCGCGCCGGACCCGCAAGUGGAGGUCGAGAACAGGGCGCUCCACGAUAAGGUCCGCUUCUUGGAGGCCAAACUGCAGCAGCACAAGGAUCUGCUGUCCCAGAUUCAUGCCACAUCCGCCAGGAUGCAACAGGCAUCCUCCCUGCUGGUAGAAAGUAGGCCACCCACGCCGCCCGCGGUCCAUAGCCACCAAAUCCUCACGCCACCGAGUUCGGAGAUAUGUGCGCCCGCGCAGAAUCCCCAGAUUCUGGACUACAAGAUCAUCUCGGCACCCGACGAUGCGGAUGCCAUCGAGAUUCGCCUGGCGGCGGAGAGUCUGAACAACCUGAGCACCUCUGCGGACUCAGAUCGCCUGGAGAUUUGCCUGGGCGACGAGAACCAGCAGCAGAGCAAUCACCACAAUUCCCAGCAGCAGUACAGGACCAGCAACGGCAUAAAGAGGGAUGGUUCCUCCGAGUCCUCCGACACUCCACUACAGUUCAUCAAACGCCGCAAGCUGCAGGAGAUUCAGUUGGAGGAAGAAGUCACGCGGCCGAACCUAAAACUACCAGCCAAACCCCAAGUCAAAAUCCGUAAUGGCAGUCUUACCGAUCUCAACAAGGGCCAACAGCAGAACAUAGACAACGUAAUGGUGUCCAUUGGCCCGAACAACACCUGUGUGCCCGCCAGUGUCUUCGAGAACAUCAACUGGACGGUGUGCUCGCUGGCCACGCGGAAACUACUGGUCUCGAUCUUCGACCGGGAAACUCUGGCCACCCAUUCGAUGACGGGCAAGCCGUCGCCCGCCUUCAAAGAUCAGGAUAAGCCGCUCAAGCGAAUGCUCGAUCCUGGGAAGAUCCAGGACAUCAUAUUCGCAGUGACGCACAAGUGUAAUGCCAGCGAAAAGGAGGUGCGCAAUGCCAUCACCACCAAGUGCGCCGACGAGAACAAGAUGAUGAAGAUCCAGAACGUCAAGCGACGAAGCAGUGGCAUCAAACACGAAAAGGAGAACAUUAUUUAGAUGUACUAGUAGAAAUUUGUUAGCACUUAAUCAUUAAUGACUUAGAAUAGCACCAAAAACGGCUGUAUUGCCCGCACAAACUCUCACAAUCCGUAGAUAGUAGAGCACUACAUUGAACUAACGUGUAGCAGAUUUUUAAAGAUCUCGAAGAUGAUUUUACCAAUCCGAACCAAAA